AUGGCUGCAAGAUUAUCAACCGCUGAACUGCUAAGUCUGGACUCUGCAGGAUUGCAGAAAAAGUUUGAGGCUGGUCUUCUCACCAGCGUCGAGUUGGUCCAGGCAUGUCUUGCACAAAUCAGCAAACAUGAUCAGCAGGGCGCAAAACUGAAUGCCAUGAUCUCAAUCGUUCCAAACCGCAUUUUAAUGGAGCGCUCAGCACAGCUUGACCGUGAGCGAGCGGCAGGUCUUAUUCGGAGCCCGUUCCACGGUAUACCAAUACUCAUCAAAGAUGCCAUUGCAACAAGACCUUCGCUCGAACUUGCAACAACAUUGGGUAGUCUUGCCUUGAAGGAUUCAAUAAUGACCAAAAAUGCGGGCAUAGUUGAUAAGCUGGAAGAAAUGGGCGUCAUCGUGUUAGGCAAAACGAAUUUGAACGAAUUUUGCAACUUCAAGGCCGAUGCUAAUUCGAACGGAUGGUCGGCAAUUGGAGGACAAACACAAUCUGCUUAUAUUGCUCGUAAACCUGACGAAUGUGGCCUAGGGCAAAGUGACCUAUGUGGUUCUUCGACAGGCUCUGCGGUGGGCGUUUCAGCGGGCUAUGCUCCAUUAGCCUUGGGCACUGAGUCGAUUGGAUCUAUAGUCAUGCCGGGUUCCAGAGCCGGUUUGUAUGCCCUCAAGCCUGCGCUUAAUACUGUGAAUAUGGACGGAGUUUUCAAAAGCUCCGUGGAGCUAGAUGUUGUCAGUGGCUUUGCCAGAUCGACAUCAGACUUGGCCCUUCUGAGUGAGGCCGCUUUGACAGAGGAGAAACGAAUACUUUUGCCAAAAGAGGGCUAUCGGAAAUACCUGACCAAAACUUUCGAUUCACUCCGGAUAGGCUUUCUUGACCCUACCAAAUUGUCUCUUCAUCCCGACAUUGUACAGUUAGACGAGGGUACACUGAAGCAAAUGCAUGCUAUCGAAGCAUCCGUGACCUAUCCGGUCGAAAUACCACUCGCCACGAACAUGUGGUAUGAAGGGCAAAAUCCAAUCGACGUGAUUACAUCAUACGAAGGCAAAAAAGCACUCGAGGCCUGGCUAGACGAAGCUAAAGUUUCAGGUUUAAAUACGAUAGAAGACGUCAUUAAAUUUAACUUGGACCAUCGACAGAAAGAACUGCCCGCGGGCCACCCGGACCAGAACCAGCUGCUGAAGGCCACCCGAGAUCCCCCCACGCGAGAGAUUUAUGAGGGUGUCAAGGAGCGGAUUAAGACAGUCUCAAAAGAAAACGGGAUAGACAAACUAUUUCGAGAGGAAAAUUUGAAUAUACUCGCAUUUCCAAUGGAUAGCCUUAUGGUGUUCAUGUCGGCUGCAUCAGGGUACCCAAUUGCAACGAUGCCCACUGGAGUCAUCCAAGCAGACGGGAGACCAUAUGGACUAGGUAUAAUGGCGCAAACUGGUAGGGAGGACUUGAUGUUACAGUUCAUGAGUGCUUUCGAAGCCCACUUUCCACCACGUGCUGUUCCAUCCCGCGUUCAAGAUGAUCAUGCAUGA